CUGAUUUCAGGAGGAUCCUAUAUUAAACUGGUUGGUGUACCAUUUCGGAAGCUCUAUGAUGAACAGGAAGCGUUAAACGAACUCAAGACACAACGGAGAUCUGCGAUGCAGCUGGCUGGUUGGAGUGCGCUUCUUCAGAUGGUAGAGAAAACACUAGCCGAUGAUGUGAACUUGUCGGACGAGAAGAAAAUUUCGGAGACUAACACUGAACAAACGUCGUUUGUCACGCAUAAGGGCGGUGCAAUACUAGUCAAUCGAUCCGGAACGAUUUUAUAUAAAUAUGUCGAGGAUGAAAGUACGCAGUGGCCGUCCGUUGAAGAUAUAGUAGAAGAAGUUAAAAAAGCUGGUACCAAAAAUGCGUCAAAGUCACCUAGUCCCGCUCCUAACAAGACGAAAGUGGAUUCUGAAAUAUCAGCGAAGAUCACCGACGAAGAAAAAAAGAAAUGCUGCACCAUAUUAUGA